AUGCGGUUCGGCAAAACGCUCAGUAACUCCAUCUAUUCACCAUGGAAGGACAAGUAUAUUGAGUAUGACAAGCUUAAAAAACUGCUACGAGAGGACGAGGCCUCCCCGCAAGGUCGAGGGGAUGACAGUCAUUGGACUGAGCAGGACGAGGAGAAUUUCGUGAAUGAACUCACCAACGUCCAGCUUGAAAAGGUCUACCAACAUCAGGUCGAGACUUUCAAUGCGCUACGAGACCGAACAACAGCAUGUGAAGCUAAGCUCAAGCCAACAGCCGAAGAGGACAAGGACAGGAGUGAUGAGGACAUAAAGAGGAUUGCGGAGGAAACUGUGAAAGAGUUGGACAGCAUUUCUAAAGAAAUAGCUGAACUUAAGAAGUUUAGCCGUGUGAACUAUACUGGUUUCUUGAAGGCUGCUAAGAAGCAUGACCGGAAGAGGGGCCGCAAGUACAGGGUUCGACCGCUUCUCCAGGUCAGAAUGUCACAAGCACCAUUCAAUACAGAAGAUUACUCUCCCCUUCUCUUCCGUCUGUCCACCAUGUAUACGUGGUCGCGUCAAAUCCUUGAAGGAGAAGAUCCUACAAAAAAUUCGAGUACAAGUGUACGCUCCAGGGACACAUACACUGCUCACAAGUUCUGGGUACAUGAAGACAAUCUACUUGAGGUCAAGACAUAUAUCCUGCGAAGACUACCCGUUCUUGUAUACAACCCUCAAUCUGUCAAGGUUGUUGAUGGUACUCAGAAGGACCCCACGAUCACCUCAAUCUACUUCGACAACGAUAGGUUCGACCUAUACCAACAAAAGGUGGACAAGGCAGAUGACUCUGGCUCGUUAAGGUUGAGGUGGACAGGUCAACUAGCAGACAGGCCCGAGAUUUUGCUAGAGAAAAAGACACUCAAUGAAGAGACCGGAAGUCGAGAUAUCAGAUUACCCAUCAAGGAAAAGUACAUCAGGCCAUUCCUGGCUGGCGAGAUGAAACUCGAGAAGCAGGUCUCUAAGCUCGAGGAGCGCCUCGGUGCUGACUCCGAACAAGUCCAGAGCUUCAAGAAUACCAUUGACGAAAUUCAAUCCUUCGUAAAAGACAAAAGGCUAGAACCACUUCUCCGUGCCGCCUACCAGAGGACUGCCUUUCAGAUUCCUGGCGACGAUCGACUCCGGGUAUCGCUUGACACAAAUUUGGCUCUGAUUCGAGAAGAUGCCCUUGACACCGAUAGGCCUUGUCGCGAUCCUGAAGACUGGCACAGAUCUGAUGUUGACAGGGAGAAGAUGGAAUAUCCUUACAACGCCAUCAACAAGGGAGAAAUCGCACGUUUCCAGCACGCAAUUCUUGAGAUCAAGGUCAAAGACAAUAAGUACACAGAGACAAAUACCUGGUUGAACGAUCUGAUGACUUCACAUCUGGUCAAACCCGCCCCUAAAUUCUCGAAAUUUGUGCACGGUGUGGCAGAGCUCUUUGAAGAUUAUGUCAAUAGCUUCCCGUUCUGGCUUGCAGAUCUUGAGACAGACAUUCGUCGAGACCCUGAGACAGCUUUCCAAGACGAGCAGGAUAAGCAAGCUAAAAGAGAACAAGACGAGAUGGCUGUCGGCAGCUUUAUACCUGCUUCUAAGCUAUCCUCCAGUCAAAAAGCACGAUUUGGCUCACCAUCAGCCGGUAAUGGCAAGAUGCCUGAACGAUCCAAGUCAUUUAAUCUGUCUCGCUCGGUCGCCUCAGCCCCACGUUCACAACUCGAGCCAACAGCUGAAGAACGAGAUUCCGACGAUGAUGGCUACCAGGGUAACAGCAUCAAAAUCACUGACUCGUCCAAGAAAUCAGGCGGCCUAGCCUCAAUCCUGCCUGCGUUCUCCAACUCCCGAUACGCCCAGCGCCAACGAAAUGGAAAGUCCGGAUUCAGAGACCAACCACUCCCAGCAGGUGUCAAAGACCCAGGCGUCUGGAUCAAAGACCAAGGCCCCCUCAAAGUCGAAGCCAAAGUCUGGCUCGCAAAUCAAAGAACAUUCAUCAAGUGGCUACACGUCUCCGUUCUGCUCGGCACCCUCUCUCUCGCCCUCGGUAACGCCGCAGGCAAAGACAAUAACGUCGCUCGCUCUUUAUCUAUCACCUACACCGCCGUAGCUAUCUUCACGGCCGCCUGGGGCCUGGGCAUCUACCACUGGAGAAGCAGGUUAAUCACGCAAAGAAGCGGUAAAGAUUUUGACAGCAUGGUCGGACCGUUCGUCGUGAGCAUUGCACUUUGCGUUGCCCUGAUACUUAACUUUUGGUUCAAGUAUAGUGCUGCUACACGGCGGACGGAAAAUCAAGGACUUUGGGGCCUGGGCAUUGGUCACAAUAUGACGGAUCUGCAGUUUGCGGUGCAGGAGUUGUGA